UUCUGUGGCGUUCGACUUUCGACUGGCUGUCGUAGUUUCAGCAGGUUCCACAGGAGUUGCGUGUAAUGGAUCGUAAUAACCGCGGGAUCUACGAUAAUGCAUUGCUUGGAAUCCUAUCAAAUGAAGGGCAGAUCUUGCCCUUCCUCGACGUCUUCUUUGACUUUUUGUACAGGAGGACGGACUUCUUUCGGAUUAAAACUGACACAUCGCAGAAGAUGGGAUUCCCUCCUGGCGUAGCGAAAAAGUUCGUUCAACUAGCCUUUCAGAAGUACUACAACCUCACAAAUGAGAAGCUAAAAAGGGAAGCAGCGCUUGCACAAGAAGGUGAGAUCCCUCCUCCCGCCAUCGAGACUGUCGAAGUUGAAACGACCGCAGCCGACGACGAUGAAGAGACAGAAGAAGAAACUGGACCUGCGGGUCCAAACCCCGAGGGAAACCCCGAAGGAAAACUGCGCACGGCAACUUCAACAGAGAAUGGAGUGGACGAGAAGAAAAAAAUAGGUGAGGCUGCGAGCGAAAGGGAAGGAACCACUCCGCACGUCAGUAGGAAUGAGAAGGAAAAACAAAGUUCAGCAGAAAAGGGGGAGGAACAGCAAACAUCAACACCAAAGCCACCUGAAGCAGCGAAUGAAGGGCAGGAUUCAGACUACGAUCCUGUACAGGCUAGGUUUCAAAGCAAUCCAGAGAGCUACAAUGGGGCCAUUCGUGACAACUAUUCCUGGAGCCAGAGCAUUUACGACAUUGAUGUCAGAGUCAAGGUGGGCAGGGAUGUGAGCUCUCGUAACCAGAUAAAAGUUGACUUGACGCACACUCACUUGAGGGUCAAGGUACUCAACAUAGUGGAUGGAUCUUGGAGCGUUCCCAUUGACGAUGACUUUCCCUGGAGGGUUAAACUGGAUGACUGCAUUUGGACCCUGGUGCCCGAAGACCACGUCCUUGUAAAUUUGGAGAAGUGUGAGGAACGCUGGUGGGAGCAGCUGUUGGUGAGCGAACCAAAAAUCAACGUGCGAGCCAUCGACCCAUCGAAGCCCUUUGAAGAUCUGGAUGCUGAAUCUCAGGCGAAGAUCCAGGAACUGGCCUUCAACAACAUGCAGAAACAGAUGGGCAGGAAAACCCCGAAGCAGGAGAAAGUAGAGAAUAUUCUGAAGGAAGCGUGGGACAAAGAAGGUUCGCCAUUCAGGGGUCAGCCGUUCGAUCCGGACCUCGUGAACAUCAGCUGUGACAAUCUGUGAUGGUGCCGGCACCAGGGAACACCACUGAUUGAACAUUAGAGUCACGGUCAUAAAAGCUCCUGGCUUUCUGCGGAAGAAAAAUUAACGUAUUCGCAAAGUGGGAUUUAUAAAUCCACUCGAUUCCGCGGGCAAGAGAAAACAAGCAAAAAAAAAAAAAAAAGUUGCCGCAUUCACCCAAGAUUGCUUACCGACUCAUCCCGCACGCUUUUCCAGCCUUUCCUAACUUUUCAUUGUGCAGAGAAAAUUCGACUCAACUCUGAUAAUAUAUAUCUCUCCAGGCGUU